AUGUUCUCAACAAUGCGCAUUUUACUCCGCACCGCCACGAUCGGCGUCGCCACGGGGACAAUGGCGAUGACAACAACUUUGGUGUCUGGUGCACAUCUUGCCGCAGUACGGUGGUCCUCCUCCUCGACGUCGGACAAUUCACCGGCACUCUUGUCGCAGCGAAGUUUUUUUUCCGGAGGCGCCGAUGGUCGCUCCUCCGCGUCGAUUGUCGUGGUCGAUGCUGAGCUUGCCGCAAAGGAGCGUGACCGCAUCGCACGUGAGAUGUUGUCGCAGAACAUGCCUAGCCCUCAUGCCGAGGAGCGAUUGGUGGUGACGAUGAGGGGACUGGAGCACACUGUGCCGUAUACCCUUCGUAUCGUUCUGAACGGGCCAAACGAAGCAAAGAAUGGUGAAGUCAUAGCGGGGAAAGUAUUAAAAGAGGCCUUCGAGGUUGUGGAUCAGCAUUUGAAUCACUAUAACCCGGAGAGCGAGGUGUCGGCAAUCAACCAGCUUCCUUUAGGGGCGAAGCACACCAUGUCACAGCACAUGCGACGUGUGAUGGAGUGUUGCGUACGGGUCUACGCAUCCAGUGGAGCCUGCUUUGACCCUGCCACAGGACCGCUGGUUGAAUUUCUUCGUUCUGUCAUGAAGGAUGAGAAGAGUGACGCAGAGUCAACACUUACGGAAGAGGAAGUGGAGCGCUUUUGCCUGCCUCAGAGUUUUGAUGUAAAUAUGACAGACGGCACCAUCGCCCGCAAGCACGAGGGUGCCAAGUUGGAUUUGGGUGGUGUAAACAAGGGCUACACUGUGGACCGUGUGGUGGAAAAGCUUAACGCAGCUGGGAUGCGGGAUGUGAUGUUUGAAUGGGGAGGUGAUUGCCGUGCAACGGGAGUGAAUUAUCAGCAUCAGCCAUGGGCCAUUGCCAUUGUGCGCCCACCGCCUGUCGAGGUGGUGGAACAGCACGCCAAGGAAGGGUUGGAUGAAAAAAAGGAGGCAUCACAGUUGCUUCGACUCAUGUAUCUUGACGAUGAGGCACUUUGUACGAGUGGCGACUAUGAAAAUGUCAUGUACAGUCCAAAAUAUGGUGUCCGCAGCAACAUCUUUGACUGGAAAAAGAGAAGUCUGCUGGAGCCAGUUGAAAGUGAACUGGCGCAGGUUUCCAUCAAGUGCUACAGUGCAAUGUACGCUGACGCACUUGCAACGGCAAGCCUCAUCAAACGUGACAUUUCAAAAGUACGGCAUAUGUUGGAGGAAUGGCGUCACUCGCGAAAUCGCGUCACGAAUUACGUUACCUACACACGACAGGGCGAACGCGUAGCCCGUAUGUUUGAAAUAGCAACAGAAAAUGCCGAGAUUCGCAAAAACCGUAUUGCCGGUUCUCUUCCUGCACGCGUAAUUGUUGUGGGUUGUGGUCUUGCCGGGUUGUCUGCAGCCAUCGAGGCCACCGCCUGCGGAGCCCAAGUCAUCCUGCUGGAGAAGGAACCGAAGGUUGGUGGCAACAGCGCCAAGGCAACGUCCGGCAUCAAUGGCUGGGGCACACGCGCACAGGCACUGGAUGACAUCCAAGAUAACUGCAAUAUAUUUGAGCGCGAUACGCACAAAUCGGGUCUCGGCGGCAGCACCGUCCCCAGUCUGGUGCGCACACUCUCCGUAAAGAGCGGGGAUGCCAUUUCUUGGCUUUCGUCGCUUGGCGUUCCACUGACAGUGCUUUCGCAGCUUGGCGGGCACAGCCGCAAGCGCACGCACCGUGCCCCCGAUAAGGCAGACGGCACUCCUGUGCCCAUUGGCUUCACCAUCAUGCGGACGCUUGAGCAGCACGUUCGCACGAAGCUGGCGGAUCGCGUUACGAUCAUGGAAAGCACUGUCGUCACUUCGCUUCUAAAUGAGAUCAAAGGUACACCCGAUGGUGGGCGUGAAGUGAGAGUCACGGGCGUUACUUACAAGAAGUCCGAUGAGAAGGAGGCAGGUUCGAUGAAACUUACCGCGGAUGCCGUCAUUCUCGCCACCGGCGGCUUUUCAAAUGAUCACAUGUCGCAAUCACUCAUUGGCGAGUUUGCGCCAGAGUUGUCCGGCUUCCCCACAACCAAUGGACCGUGGGCCACGGGUGACGGCGUCAAGCUUGCACGACGCCUUGGUGCCACACUUGUCGACAUGGAAAAGGUACAACUUCACCCGACAGGCCUCAUCGACCCGAAAGACCCCGCAAACCCGACCAAGUACCUUGGCCCGGAGGCGCUGCGUGGGUCGGGCGGCGUCCUGCUAAACAAGAAGGGUGAGCGGUUUGUCAAUGAGCUUGAACUCCGUUCCGUGGUCUCCAACGCCAUCAUUGAGCAGGGCGACGAAUAUCCAUAUUCAGGCGGUAGCAAGUUUGCCUUCUGUGUGCUCAAUGACGCAGCGGUGAAGCUCUUUGGCGUCAAUCUGUUGAACUUUUACGCAAAUACUUUGGGAGUGUUUAAGCGUGUGGAUGACCUGCAGGGGCUGGCAAUGCUCAUUGGUUGUGAUGUUUUAACUUUGCAGAAUACGCUGGAAACAUACGAGUCAAGCAGUAUUGUUACCUCCGCGUGUCCAUUUACGGGAAAGGUUGUCUACCCGUGUGUGGUGGGACCGCAGGGUCCCUUUUAUGUUGCCUUUGUGACGCCGUCGAUCCACUACACAAUGGGCGGCUGCCUCAUCUCGCCCUCGGCAGAAAUUCAGCGUGAACACUAUUCUCUGAACCUUCUUGAGAAUCAACGUCCCAUUCUUGGCUUGUUUGGUGCGGGCGAGGUGACGGGCGGGGUGCAUGGUGGAAACCGGCUUGGUGGCAAUUCGCUGCUGGAAUGCGUCGUCUUUGGCCGCAUUGCUGGGGAUCGUGCCGCAACAAUCCUGCAGAAGCAAGUGUAUGCGCUUUCAAAGGAUAAGUGGACAUCCGUUGUGGUCCGUGAAUCCCGCAGUGGUGAACGGUUUGGGACCGGCUCUCGUGUGCUGCGGUUUAACCUUCCGGGUGCCUUGCAGCGUUCUGGACUUUACCUCGGCCAGUUUAUUGCCAUCCGCGGUGAGUGGGAUGGCCAGCAGCUCAUUGGGUACUACAGCCCCAUCACAUUGCCGGAUGAACGUGGCGUCAUAUCUAUCCUUGCCCGUGGGGACAAGGGGACUUUGAAGGAGUGGAUUUCUGCCAUGCGCCCUGGUGACUCCGUAGAGAUUAAAAGUUGCGGUGGCAUUCUCAUUGAGCGCAAUCCGGCGAAGAAGCAAUUUCUCUUCCACGGACAUGUUAUACGGCAAUUCGGGCUUAUUGCGGGGGGCUCAGGCGUGGCACCGAUGCUGCAGAUCAUUCGUGCCGCGCUGGAACGCCCAUACGUGGAUACAACGGAGUCCAUCCGUUUAGUUUACACCGCCGAGGAAUAUGAAGAGUUAACGUACCGUGAACUGCUUCAUCACUAUUCCAAGGAGAAUCCGGACAAGUUUUCCGUUGAAUUUUCUCUUAACAACCCACCGGAGGGAUGGACCGGGGGUGUUGGCUUCGUUGAUCGUCCGUCGCUGCGGAAAACACUGCAGCCUCCUUCGAAUGAUCUGCUUAUUGCCAUCUGCGGCCCGCCCGCUAUGCAGCGUGCAAUGAAGAACGACCUGCUGGCUAUGGGCUAUAACCCAGCGCUUGUGCACACGGUGGAUGAUGACAUGCAAGCCGCACUGUAA